AUGACCAGCCAUAGCGAGACUCUUGUUGGUGUUGUUCGCAGAGCCAGAGGCGGAAAUCCGUUGCAAAGUUUUCGAAUCUUUAACCCCUACCCAGGCAUAUUUGCCUACUAUGAUGGCCGUACUGGAGAGAGGUUUCACUCAGAUCAACCCAACUGGCUUGACGAUGGGGCUUUCACUCUUGGAGUAUCGACAUACUCCAUAAUUGAUGGAAACGAGGCAAUAAUCUUUGACUCCCACAUCACAUCAGACCACGCUGAGGCUGUGAUGCGUCAUGUCCAGAGCCAAGGAGUUGCAAAAAUGUCUGUCGUGAUUAGCCACUUCCACAAAGAUCACAUUGCUGGGACAGAAGUAUUCGCGAAGGGCGGCGCAACUAUCGUGGGCAACGACGUGACAGCGCAGGUAGUGGAGAGUAGGGCGCAGAGUCUUGCUGCGGACGACCCUCCUAUUCAUGCAGUACCUCCAGCCGAUAUCUACACUGGCAUGAAGGCUAUGCAGGUUGGAAACUUGAGCGUUGAGAUCCACAAUUUUCAGAUUCAUACUCCUGAUGGAACAGUGUUGUGGAUUCCAUCAAAGCAGCUGUUGUUCGCUGGCGAUACUCUUGAAGAUACAGCAACCUUUAUCUCUGAUGCCAAGAGUCUAUCCACACAUCAAAAAGAGCUCCAGCGCAUGGCGAGCUUUCCAAUCUCGAAGAUACUACCGGCUCAUGGUGAACCUAACCGAAUUGCUACCGGUGGUUACAACGCAACAUUUAUUAACGCCACGUUAAGAUAUAUCGACGCUAUGACAGAAGACGUGCCCCAACCAGCCGCUUGGACGCAGCCUCUUUCUCAAGUUGUUGCUGCUGAUGUGGCCAGUGGCGACUUGAUUUACUUCAGUCAGUAUGAGGAGGUGCAUAAGAGCAACGCGGAUUCUAUUCAGAGAGCCCGUGGAAGAGUCGACCAGUGA